AUUUUAGUAGAAGCGUUAAACAGUGUGAUUUGUAAAGCAGUGGACCACGAGUCUGUUAAAAAGCCGAUAAAUUUUAAAAUUUAUUUUACUAAUAUUCAAUAACAAAAACAUAAAUAAAAAAUAAAACAAUAAAUUCAAAUAAAAUUGAGAAAUUUUUAAAUAAAACAAAUUUAUUUUAAGUGAUUUAUUUUAAAAGCUUGUGUUUAAUUGUCUUCAGCAGUUUAAAAUAAAGGAGUUUUAUCAUGUCUGAAAACGGACAUUCGUUUCCUAAUAAUUAUCAAAACAACAAUGAUAAAAAUAAUGAUAAUAAUGGAAAUAAAAAAAGAAAUUCAACGGACAAUUCAAGUGCAAGUAGUAACAAAUACUUGAAACGAGAAAUAGGAUUUCGAAUGGUUCAGAGAGGAUUUUCAUCACCAUCACCUGAAAUUGUAAUCCUUGAAGAUCCUAGAAUUCUUGCUGGUGAUGAAGAGAGACAAAUAUUAACACGAGCACAAGUUAGAUCAGAAGCUAAUAAUGAAAAUGACAAAGUUGAAUCAUUGUCAGAUCAAUUGGAAAAAAAAGAAACAUCAGCUAGAAUUUUGAGAUUAUUAAAAAAAUAUCGUGAUGAAUUUGGAUAUGAAAAAGAGCCUUAUUCUAUAUUAGAUUCUAAUAAUAAAAUAUGGUUUAAAGCUGCAGAUAUAACGGAAAUAUUUGGCUAUAGUCCACAAUCAAAUCCAAUAGCUAAUAUUCAAAAAGAAAAUAAAAUAAGAUUUGUUGGAUUAUCACAUAGAGAUGAAGCAAAUAUUUCACCUGCAAGUGUUAAUGCAAAUACAGUAUUUAUUGAUACAGAUGGAAUAUUAAAUUUAAUAUUAAAUUCAACUAAACCAGAAUGUAAAAGAUUAUUAGAAUGGUCACUUUUAACUGCUGCACAAAAUGAUACUCCAAUUGAGACACCACCAAAUCAAAUUGCUACUGUUAAUAAUACAAAUUCAUAUGGUAAUGAAAUAAUGACAAUGGUAUCAUUGCUUAAAGAUGAAAGAGAUUCAUCAGCAAGAAUGAUAAGUCUUUAUGAAAAACAAGUUGAGAAUAAUAAUAUGUUGAUUAAAAAAUUGUUUGAAUUACAAGAAAAUAAAAGUACACCACCAACUCCAAGUACAUCUGGAUCACAAGAUACACAACAAGUUCAACAAUCAUCAGUAUCUAAUAGUAAAAAUAAUGAUUUAUCACAACAAGGUUUUUACAUAUUACAAAAUCAAACAAAUCCUCAUAAAUAUAAAUUUUUUCAAAGACAAUUAAAAUCAAUAAAAAGUUCCCUUAAUUCUUUUCAAAAUAGUGAUCUUGAUUAUGAAAAAAUAUAUCCAAAUACAGAAAAUCCAAUUAUUUUAAAUUCGAAAGAAAAAGCUAUUGAUAGAGUUAAACAAUUUUUAAAUUUCAAUAAAAUUCCAUAUCAAACAUCAAAAACAUAUCUUGAAACUGAUAUUAAUUUAUAUAAACUUCUUGUUAAUCGAAAAAUUAAAUUCUAAAAUUUUUUUAUUAUUCAUAUUGAAUUAUUAAUUUAAAUAAUAAUUCAAACAAGCAAGCAAAAAAAAAAAAUCAAUUUAUACAUUAAUGUUCUAUUUUUUAAUUUCCUAUUAAUUUUUUUAAUUUUACAUAUAUAAUAUUUUUUUAAUCAUAAGAAAUUUAUUUUCUUUAUAAUAAUAAUUUUUUUAAUUCGAAAUAUUAUAUUUUAAUAUUACCAUACGUAUUUUUUUAUCGUUAAUUUGAUAAAAAAAUUUUUUUUUUUAGUUUCUACAAGUAAAAAAUAUAUCUCUUGUUUACAAAUAAUUUUAAAAUAUUAUUAAGUUUAUAAAAUUAAUUUUUUUAUUAUAAAAAAAUAUUAAUAACAUAUAUUUUAUUUUCAUAAAUAUAUUUUUAAAUUUUAUAACUUUAUAAAAUAAAUUUUUCGUAAUUAUAAAAAA